AUGCGUGUUGUUUACGAUCUUCAAUCGCCAACUUGUCCUAUUGGGGCCCCUUCACGAGACACCAUGCGCAACAGGAACUUGAAGCCACCACAGCAGGCAGCCCCCAAAGUUGAUCCUCCCCCAACCGCAUCUUCCCCAAACCGCCGCCAGGGCAUGGUUUUCAAUGUCAAAGAGUUUCCAAAGGAGCUAAAGGAUCUUCAAAGCGAAGCAGGUUCAAGAAAAAUCACUCAGCCCGCUUAA